AUGACUCGCUACCCACCUACAGGCCCAGGCCAAGAAGGCGACAUUCAAGGCAGAGGCGACAAUCAAGGCAGAGGCGACUAUCAAGGCAGCAGCAGCGCCUACGGAUCCCAGCAACCCAACGAGCCAGACUGGAGAAACUACAAUUCUGGAGAAGGGCAAGCCCGAGGCUACCAGCAACAGCCCAGCCAGCCUCAACGCGGUAGCUAUGGCCAAGGAGCCGCGCAAAGCUACUACCCAGGAGGGCAAGGCUACCAGCAGCAACAGCCUCAACGCGGUAGCUAUGGCCAAGGAGUCGGGCAAGGCUACUAUGGCUCCAACUUCCCGGCUUACUAUUACCGGCGGGAUCCCAAUCAAGGCGAUGCCAGCGGCAUACCAUACUAUCCAGGUGGACUGCAUCAAACUCCACCAGGGCCAGGAGCAUCACAGCUCCCUGCAUACGGGCAGCAGCAACAGUACUCGCCGCCGCAGCAAGCCCCGGCGUCCAGCUAUGGGGGUGGUCAAUAUUCGCCACCCGAUUGGGCUGCAUACGGGCAUUGGCCGCAGCCAUACGUGCCUAUCCCAACUGCCGGCCAACCUCUUCCGCCUGGCGGCGCCGAGGCCGACCGUGGCUUGAUGGGCGCCGUAGCCGGUGGUGCAGCAGGUGCCUACGGCGGCCAUAGGAUGGGCCACGGCAUCAUGGGCGGUAUCGGAGGCGCAGUCGCCGGGUCCAUUCUCGAGGACGCGUUAAAACAGCACAACAAGAAAGACAAGAAGCCCAAGCAGCGCCGCGGUUCGAAUUCCAGCUCUUCUUCCAGCAGCUCUUCUUCCUGCGAUGACGAUGAGAAGCGUGUGAUGGCAGGAAACUUCUCUGCUAGUUUGGAUGUUCGCAUGGAGGGUCGAUGUACGCUUGUUGCGGAGUGUUUUGAUGUCGAGGGUCGUCGUCACACGUCCCAUCUGGACUUGAACGAGUGCUUGACCAAUAACGGUGGCCGGCUACAGUGGCUCAAGGGUGGCAACUUUGCCGCCAGUGCACGUACCAUCACGCUCACCGACGGUGGUGCGGUGCUGGUGGCUGAUUUGGGUGAUGGACGCGGUGGAUGGAAUUAUGUCAAGGUCCUUCUGAACGAGAGGAUCACGAAUGAUAACGGGAGGUUGCACAUGCUUUGCGCUCUCUAG